UUGCUUGCUGUCAGAAGAUUUUCCAUUGCCAUUAUCCAGAAAAAAGCACUGCACACAAUCAAAUUGUCAGUGCAGCCCCAGGCGGCGGCUCAUUGGACGGUUGACUCUUGGCCACCAGAAGGCGGUCUGCAGGAGUCGGGAGUCAAAUUCCAUCACACGUAGGAAGUCCUCGCUGGUCCAACACCACGAUACAUAACGGAGCGCCGUGCAGCGAGGAUCAGGGCCCUGCUCCCGUGUUACUGCCACUCCCGAGGGGCGAAGGAUCACCCGCACCAUCCACCCCACCGGCGGCUCCUCUCUGCGCGUCUGACCGGUCCGGUGGAGCCCCUGGCCGGCUACUGGCUGCUUUCUGGCUGAAGUGGACCGUGGAAGUUUUUCCUGGGAGAGACGUGUCAACGCCGUGGGUCUCCCAUCUGUUUACCCGGGAUCGUUUCUUUCCUUGCUUGCUUCACUAGAGGAAAAGUCACUCCAGGCAUGUGGAUGCCUGGAGUGAGAUCAAGAUCAAGGAGGACUAUAAGGCGACAAGCAGGCUUCAUGUUUUUAACAGUGUGGGAGUUUGAUCACACAGCAGAAUCGUAGAUUGGAGGAAGAGAAAGUCGACUUUCCCACAACGGAAAUGAGAUCAGUGUAGCCCCCCUACUACGGCAUCGCCCGGCACGAUUAUGGAUUAUUUGUUCCAGAAGUGAUCUGUUGCUGAAGGUAGUUCUUUCUGCGCCCGAGUUUUGUCUCUGCAGGCCGCCGGCUGCUGGCUGGACAUCCAACAUGUUUGCAGGACUUCUGGGGCUGCAAUGUAACGGGAAUGGGAGCAUGGACCCCGGCCGCUCGUUGCUUCACCAUUACGAAGCCAUAGAAGGAGGUGGCAAGGCCUCGGAGUCCGCCGGUGAGUCCUGUCGCAAGAGGCCCCAGCGGAGGCCAGGGUACAUGCGAGUCGACCCACCCAGACCACAGAGCACCACGAGCGGGGACGAGGAUGAAGAGGAGGAGGAGGAGGAGGCGGAGGCGGAGGCGGAGGGCCGGGGCGCUCAGCCUCUUAACAGAGGUCCGGGCGGUCCUGCGAGGAAGGAUCGGAGCAGCAUCAUCGACACGCCCAACACACCUUGUAAGAGUCCGGCACUCACCCCUCAAGAGCCCCCCUUCAACCCGGGACGCCAGCCUCACGUAGACAGCCAGACGUUGUGGCUGGUUCCCGGGUCCACCCCACCCCCCCCGCCCACGCCUGAACCCGUCGGGCGGGGCUCCGGUGAAGGGGCCGUCUACCAUCAGGGUGGGAGCGGCCAAUCGGGGACGCCGGGCAGGUACGGUACUGCCGAGACCAGACAGACUCCGGGGGGGGGCUCGUUCAACUCCAGCUUUAGUUUCAUACAGCAGUCGCUCAGCGCCAGCCAGGGGAAUGACAUCACCGGCGUGACAUCACUUCCUGUACCCCGACCGGACCGGAACCCGUCAGUGCCUCUGCAACAGUCGACCUCUAGUCCGGUUUUCGCCGCGCUGACAACCGCUCCAACCAAGACCCCCAUGCUGACCGCCAGCGGACGACCCCUGCCGAAGCUGUGCAUCCCGCUACCAGCGCCAGGGGUCCAUUCCCAGAGAGGGGAGGGGCUCUGGCAGGGAGGUCAGUGGGGGGUCGGCGGGGGGUCCGACCUGCCCGACGGUGAGUCCUUCUCCCUGGGUACGGAGGAGUUCCCCUCCUCCCUGUCUGUGGACUCGGACACUGCCUCCUCCGUCACCUCCGGCUACGAGUCGGCCACGCCCGCCUCCUCCUCCUUCUCCGACCAGGGCUGGGACCCCCUGGUGAGGAAGUACGAGGGCGUCCUGCGAGAAUGCCUGCAGAACAACCGCGCCAACAGCAAGAUUGAGUCCAUGAUGUUGAAGCUACAGCGACUGCAGCAGAAGGCCAUCUUGGAUGAUGACUAUGACACAGCCGAGCGAUUUGGCAAGAAGCUGGGAGAGUUGUGUCUGGAGCGCGGUGCCCUGAAGCUGGGUCUGCCGUCCAGACAGCCCGGCGUCGCGUCUUUCCUCCAGCGGCUCACACAGGCGGUCAACAGCGCCCUCCAGAGGACGCUGGAGUGCCAUCGCAGGGAGUCCCCUGAGGCUGAUGCAGUUGAAAGGUCAUCCUCUCAGCUGCUGAACCCAAGAGACCUUCUGGUACAGGAGAAGCACCAGGUGGAGAGAGACGCCGACGUUGAACCUGUCACGCGUGUUGCAGGCUGCGGACGAUCAACAGCGUUCUAUAGCUUCGAGCGCGGCAGUGUAAGUAACAGACUGCUCCCUCUCUCCCUCUCUCUCCCCCUGUGUGUGUGUGUGUGUGUGUGUGUGUCUGUCUGUCUGUCUCUCUGUGUUUAUGUGUGUUUGUGUGUGUGUGUGUGUGUGUGUGUGUGUGUGUGUGUGUGUGUGUGUGUGCGCGCGUGUGUAACAGAGAGUCUACUGAAAGAGAACGCUGCCAAGUAUAUCGAGUUGCUGGAGGACAGACUUCCCAGCUGCGGCUGUCCACCCCUGGAGAAGGUGUGGGAGGCGGACCUGGAGGCCUGCCACCUCUUCCUGCGGGGGCCCCAGCUCCGGACCCCCAGCUACAGCGGGCCUGCCUCGGGGGAGCCCCCCGGGGUGGGGGCGGUGGCGGCGGUGGCGGCGGUGGCGGCGACGGCGGGGUCGUUGUUUGCGCUGAUGCCGACGUCCACCAAAGAAGAAGAGGAGGAGGACUGCGCCAUGCUCACGGCCCUGGGGGGGAGGUGGUGUCCCGAAGCCAACCUGCAGCACUCAGAGUUCACUAAGAAACUGGAGGAGUUUUUGUUCUGCAUGGAGGACUGCCACACAGAGGUGGAGUGUGGGGGGUCCGAGGGGGCCGGCGAGCUCACGGAGCAGUGUGACAUGAUCAGCGACAGACUGGUGACCUUGGAGGAUGACAUGCAGAUGGCCAUCCUCAGCCGAGACCACGCCCUCACCCAGUCCCUCGCCAAGGAGGUGCAGGAGGUCAAAGCCACCCUUCAAGCCAUGCUGGCACAGCUCAAAGAGGAGGAGGAGGAGGAGGUGAAGGAGGAGAGGCAUAGGACUGCGAUGCAUGAUUGCGAUCUCAUGGAAAAUGGAAUUGAGGACGAGGAGGACGAGGACGAGGAGGGGGAGAAGGAGGACGAAGAAGAGGAGGACCAAUAUUUCAGUGACAGCUGGGACAUCUGAAACGGAAAGUAGUCUGACCAACCGCUCACCCAGAGACGGCUUUCAUCCGCAGCCUGACCUCAUCUCAGUGGUGGCAGCGGCUUCAUAUCUGUUGAGUGGCACCCACACCCGUCCACUGUUAUAUAGGACCGAGGACAUUCCAGUGACGACUCCUCGGAAAAAUAAUCUUUAUGGCAUUUAGAUGGAAGUGGCCUUUUUUCUGUAGAAAAAAACCCUGUAAGUGCAUUAAACUUGAAGACCAUUUUAAAGAUACAUUUUGCCUAGAUAAUCUAGUAGGAAAGCCUAACCAGCAAUUGCUAAAUUGUGCCUUUGGUGUCGGCGCCUCUGAAAAGUGCCACCCAACAGUGUGUAUUUCUCCAGCUGUGUAGGACAAGAUCUCUUUUGAUCGCAUCAAGGCUUCCUGUGUGUAGGCUCAUUUGAAUACAGGACCAUUGAAGUGGACAAUCACUCACUGUUACGACCACUGAACUGGAACAUGACUUCCACAUGGUUUUAAAACUAACAAUGCGUCACUUUUUCUGUUAUGAUGCAAUCUGAAUUGGACUUGAUGGGAUAUUGAAGUUUUUGAUAGCUUUGUCCAGGAGAUAACUUAAAAUCGUGUGGUGCUAAAGAAGUUACUGUAAUUUGAGCGCUUUAUUUUUUUUUGCAUUUGAAGAAAACUUUAUAGGAUGUGAUCAUUGUACAUUCCUUAAUGCAGGCUCCCAUGCAUGAGGGAUACAUGUAGUGGGAUUAUGGUUUAUCAUAUGCAUGUAAUCAAUAUUAAGGGUUCCAAUAUGUGUGUAUGCACACAGGGAGGUUAUUUUUUCAACUGCUGUUUUUGUUUAUCCCAAAUAAGGCACUUUCUUUUUAUUUUGUGUGUGUUUCUAAGUAACGUUUUCAUUGUGUGAGAUUUUUAUAAAAAUAUAUAUCCAAGAUCCUUCAAAGGAAAGUAUCAUAGGUCAAGUAUAACAUCAUUCCGCAAAGGUAUAACCACAACCUCUUUUGAGAGUCAUCCAAUUUUGUAUUUUUACAACUGCCUAUCGUACUGCCAAAAAACCACCGUGUACCGCCUUUGUAUUAUUUAUUCAUUUCCUCACUAAUUACAGCAUGCUCCAGCCCACCCCUACCAAACACAUUGUCGUGGUCGUUCUUUUCUGACCGCUCGCUUGAUGGAUGCCUCUCUUGCCUUUUCAUUGAGAGCUGAACACAGUGCUAACCCAAUAAAACCAACCGAUCAGGGGACGAGCAGGCAAGACGGACGACCAGGAGUCAACGGUGAAGUCAUAAACGUCAUGGCCUAAUCUCCUAGGGAACUGCAGGCGUGUGUGUGUGUGUGUGUGUGUGUGUGCGUGCAAGUGUGCUUGCGUGCGUGCGUGCAUGGAGUUAAUCUCGCCCCAACACUGCCGGUCUUGUGUGGAUAGACCAGCGUAGAACACCCCCCCCACAACCACUAUCUUUCCAGAAGGCCCCGAGGAAAUGGCAGGGCUUGUUUUCUCGAUCCUCUCCUCUUUCUUGCAGUGCCAGUCUCUAUUUGUAUUUUGGGGUUUUUACGACCCCCUCCCCACCCCUCAGGGUUAGAGGGGGGGGGGGGGGGAGAAUCUCAAAGGCUUCCCUCUGUUGCAAAAGCCGCCCGUGCGCAGGGUUGUAAACACGGCUGUCUGUUUACGGGCCUCCUCGCCCAAACAAUGGGGGCCUUCGCACAACCCAGGAGGGGACAGAAAGAAUGGUCUGUGGCCGGGCCAGCGGGCCCCCACCACAGCAUCUAUCACGUCCAGACAGCAGCGUGCAGGCCGGCCCUGGCUCUCAGCACAGCACCCCCUGCCUCUUAAUUGAAUCGGAGGUUCGCUCCGUACGACUCAGCACAGCUCACACUCUGGUGUUCAUGGAUUUCGCCGUAGAAAAGGGAAAUCGUUUCUGAGCCAAUUCAGAAAUCGACUUCGUUUCCCGUUGAUUGGAUCUUCCGCGUUGUAGAACAUGCAUUGUGAACACAUGGAUGUGUCUAGGUGAGGGAUUGUGAUUGGUUUAACGUUCAGAUCAAGCCCGGUUUGGCCGCCUUGUGAGUGAAACUGGGAAAGCUGUUAGUCUGAUCGUAUCGCCCAUUCAGACAGGGAACAUGGCCCUGCGGCAUCUAUGUCAGUUAAUAGAUAACAACGGCUCUUAUCAUACAAGUUUAGCCAUUCAUCUUUUCUACAUGUUGAAUCGUCCUUCUACUGCGAAUACCACUUAUAAUGUUUUGGUAUUCAUGUUUUUCUUAUUCUCUGGGUUUGACAUUGGAAGUCUGUGUGUCUGUCAUUCCCAAAUGGCUCUUGCCGUCAGAGCAUGUGAACUGAGCCCUCACAAGACAGUCAUGGCUGUGAGCCGGAGAUGGAUGUUAAAUGAACGGAUCACAGUUCAACAGGACACAGAGAUGAUAACUCCCACUGAGGAAAGGGACUUUCCCUUCACUCCCUUUUCAACAGUCCCUUCACAGCUGGCGUGGAUCCUAAUUCCGAUUCAUUACCAUUCAUUACAAUGUGUCAAGCUUACAAUAAUUUAUUAGGGACUACAAGGAUAUUAUUUUGAGGCUAAAAUCCCCCUCCCCAGUGAAUAAGGAGAGGUUCAACUUGA